AUUUUCUGGCUUGUCUGGCGCGAUACAGCUACUAUUACCUUACCCAUCCCAAAGCCACCAAAUAUUAAGUGUCUGGCGCUGGGUCUGAACCCUCCAAAAUGGCUUCUCUUCGUCUUCUCAUCCAACCUUUCUCCAGUCCCCCUUCCUUUUCUACCCCUCUCUUCCCCCAAUAUCCUCUGCAUAUCCCUUGUCUGACCUCACUCAAACCGUCCAACACCAAGAAACCCCUGCUCUACAAAUCCCCCACAGUCCCACUUGCUCUCACGGAGUCUUCAGACUCCCCCAAGUCCCUAGAACCCAACAACCCUCAAUAUCUCCUUAAACAACUCGCCGAUAGUUUUGAUCUGCCCCAAGACUAUUUUGCUCAGCUUCCGCGGGAUCUUCGUCUAGAUCUGAAUGAUGCUGCUUUCGAUCUUUCGAGUGGGCCUGUAAUCAAUGAGUGUGGCCAAGAGUUGGGAGAGAUAUUGUUAAAUCUUUGUCGAGCUUGGGAAUCAGCUGACACAUCAACCUCCUAUAGUUUAUUAAGAAAGCUCCCUGAGUUGGAGGUGUCUUUAACGGAUAGUGCCAAAUCAGCUGUUUUAGCACUUGGCAAGCGGUUGGUACGUGCUGGGAUGAGGUUCCAGUCCAUGGGGCAGUAUGGUCAAGGUGAACUACAGAAGAUUGCAAAAGUGAUGAUUACAACUGGAAGGCUUCUGUCAAGUACAGAAUCUACAGAAGAUGAGGAGCAACCAAAGGAGGAAACCAGGAUGCUGAAGUUUGGGGAACUUCAGGUAGAACUAACUUCAGAUAAAGCCAACAUUGGUGCUGUAAUUGGCUUUGCUUUUGGGAUCCUUUCUUGGAACCUAAGUCAGGGCAUUCAGAAUAUUCCAGAGAGUUCAUUGCAGUAUGCAAAUGAUAAUGCUUUGUUGUUGGCAAAGUCUCUUAGGGGAGCUCUACUUGCACUCUGCUACACAUCAACCAUUUUGUCCGGUUUUACUAGCGUAGGACUUGUCUUACUUGGAAGACAACUCAAAUCAAAGAAAUAGUGAGCUCCUUGGUUUUGCCUCAGCUAUUCAGUAAAUGCUUUUUUACAUAUAACUCUACAUGCUCCAUGUGGUAUUCGAGAUCAUAGAUUUGUAUAUUCAGAACUGAAUGGGAGAGACAGAAAUACUGAGGUGUCACCCCUGAGCCCUUUUGAGCCCCAUAAGUUGGGGUAAAAUUCAAUUUGGGCCCACGGGCCAGCCAGUAAUUUCUAUGUUAUUAUUAUUUUAUUUUAUU